GGUUUCCUGGCCCCUCGUCGCCUUCGUAUUCUAAAAAAUGUCCUUGAAAAAGAAAUCGCACCACCACAUCCUUCAGAAUGGUUGCAUAUUGUUCGUGAAUACCGAGAAUUUGAAGAUGUAUUGGUACGCGCCGGAGUUCUUAUAGAAAUUGUUUUAUGGUUUUUUGUUGGUGAGCAGAUCGGUCGCGGAAAUAUAGCUGGAUAUAUCGUCCCGGCAACGUAUAUACCAAAAGCCACAAGAAAGAAAGCUGCUGCAACACAAAUUGAUAAUCCUUCAGAAUUUUAA